AUUUCCGCUUACUUCGAAACAAACGAAGAAACUUGAAAAAGAAAGUGAGAAGAAAUAACUCAACCCAAGUUAAUUAUACUGUGAUUCACAAACGAUACGAUUUCUUACUUAAUGCAAAUGAUUGUCUUCUAAAUGUUUUAGUUUUCGAGGCGCGGCUUUAGAAGAAUUGUGCUACAGUCUACUGACCUCGCGUUUCGGAUGGGAGUAAAUUUAGAAGGUUGGUAUUUCAACCAAAUCAAGGGGACGUGUGAAGAUGUAAACGAAGCUGAUAUAAUAUCGUGUGUUGAAUAUGACAAAACUGGAGACCUCUUAGCAACUGGUGAUCAUGGUGGUCGGAUUGUAAUCUUCAAACGUGAAAAUGAGGGAAAACUUCAGAAAUGUAUUAGUCACAAUGUAUACUGUACAUUUGUCAGUCAUGAACCAGAGUUCGACUAUCUCAAAUCAUUAGAAAUUGAAGAGAAAAUCAAUAAAAUUCGAUGGCUACCACGCAGCAAUCAUGCUCGAUUUCUACUCUCUACAAAUGACAAAACAAUAAAACUCUGGCGUAUUACUGAACGCUGUCGACGUGUUGCUUCUUCGGCUGGUUGUAAUAUAUCCUCAGACUAUUCAAUGCACAGUAAUAAUAAUAAUAAUACUAACAACAACAAUAAUGCCAUUGAUAGUGAAAAUGGUGAAGAUAGUUUAUCGUCAAAAAAGCCAAUAUCAAAUCGAAUCUAUUGUAAAGAUGAUCUACGUGUACCAUACUAUGAAGAUAUUGAACCUGUUAUGGAUGCUCAACCUAAACGCGUAUUCGCUAAUGCACACGCCUACCUGAUCAACUCCUUAUCAGUGAAUUCUGAUCAAGAAACAUUUUUAUCAGCAGAUGAUUUAAGAAUCAAUCUGUGGAAUUUAGAAAUUACUGAUCAAUCAUUCAAUAUUGUUGAUUUGAAACCGGUGAAUAUGGAAGAUUUAUCAGAAGUGAUAACAGCUGCUCAAUUUCAUCCAUCCGCAUGUUCCUUAUUCAUUUAUAGCAGUAGUAAGGGUACAAUCCGCCUCUGUGAUAUGCGUCAGCGGGCUUUGUGUGAUGAACACGCAUUAUCAUUUGAGGAAGCUGAUGAUCCAAUGAGUCGGUGUUUCUUCUCCGAAAUUAUCAAUAAUAUAUCCGAUUUGAAUUUUAGUCAUUCUGGCAGAUAUAUAUUAAGCCGUGAUUAUUUAACCUUGAAAGUUUGGGAUUUGAAUAUGCCGCGUCAACCGGUUGAAACGUAUCUAGUUCACGAUUAUUUCCGUACAAAACUUUGCGCACUAUAUGAAAAUGAUUGCAUAUUUGAUAAGUUUGAAUGUCAAUGGUCACCGAAUGAUGAAUACGUGGUAACCGGUUCAUAUAACAAUUAUUUUCGUGUAUUUGAACGAGGGACUUCAAAAGAUCUACUUAUGGAAGCAUCUCGUGAAGCAAUGGAAAAUAGUGUAUGCGGUAAACUGAAACCAUGUCAAGUGGUUUGUGAUGGAUCAGGCGGAGCUACAUCAACCUCAGCUUGGUCUGAUGGAAAAAUCAAUGUGGAAUGUAUGGAUUUAACGCGUAAACUACUGCAUUUAUCCUGGCAUCCACGUGAAAAUACUUUAGCCUUAGCUGGUACUAGUAGUCUCUACCUUUUAGACUACUAUCCUGGUGAGAAUAAGUUAGAAACAUCUCAAAUGAGUAGUACUACUACAACUAAUAAUAAUUACCUGUUAAACGGGAAUAGUAUAUCUCCUAUGCAGUCGGAUGACGCAAUUGUAAAUUAAUGAUUAAAGUAGAGUAUCGUACUCUGUUUCCUUUCCAACGCCCCCUCCAUCGACUCCCUGCCCUCCCUUGCCCUCAUUGUUCCUUUCCAUGUACUUCCUAUGUGUAUAUUCAUCUCUGUGUUUGUGGGUGUAUCUGAUUAUUGUUCAUUCAUGCACACACACACACACAAUGAUUUAUACAACAUAGAAUGUGUAUAUCCCGUAUACUUUUUGAGUUACCUUUUUCGUAAAUAGUAAAUUGCAUUUUUGUUCUCUCUCUCUAUUUGUUUUUUGUUCACUAAAACAAACUGUGUUGUUUAAUAUUUCUGUUAUAAUAUCCUAUGUCCCCAUUUUGUGUCUCUCCUAGGGUUGAAAUGAGAUUGAUACCAGCUUCAUAAGAAUUAUCUAGAAAAAGGCAGAACUUAAUAUACAUAUAUCUUUGGCAGCAGUCAGUCACUUAAUACAUUUCAGACAUUCACAAACAUUAUCCCCCUCCCUUGUAGAAUUUCUUUUAGCUGGGUUUUUACUGUCUAUCUCUGAACUACGGUCCCCACGCCGCCUCGCACUCCAACCUACCCUUCCUUUGUUUUUGCUGACGUGUUUCUUUUAUAUAUAUAGUCGAAAAAUGCCUGACUGCAUUUCAUCAUCAUCACCAUCAUCUCUAAUUGGUAUUUGUCUCAAUCCUGUUCCUUUUUAUAUUCUUCGUAUCUCUGAUCAUUCUGUUUUUGACUAGCGUGUGUGUGUGUGUAUGUGGGCGAGGGGCGGUGUGUUAAUCGUUUUUAUUAGUAUGGGGGGCUACACAGUAAGAAAACUCUUGUGGUCGGGUUGUUUUCUGUGAGUGAGCAUAUUUUAUCCCCUUUUUUAAAGAAAUAGAAGAGAAAUAAUAUCUGAGACGUUGUCAUUAUUGUUAUUAUUAUUGGCAUUAUCCCUAGGUCGGUCACUACACCCAUCCUUUAUCCUCCAUUCGCUCUUCAUACUCAGGUUGUAUUACUUCUUCUCCCCAUUCUCUUCCUCCUUUAUUCUUUAUAUAUAGUGCGCCUUAAAUAUAAUAUACAUGUAGUGUGUUUGUGUUUCACUGUAUGUAUAUUCUUGAAGGGUCAUUUUUAUUUCUUCGAUUGUAAAUCUGUUAAACUGUUUUCCUUUUUUUUUCCAUAGUGUGUGCAACUUGAUUUGUAGAAGUUGCCGUUUUAUUAUAAUAUUAGACGUAUAUGUAUUGUAUAUUCUGAAAACAUAUCUUCUCUGUUUGUAAAAGAAGCACUCACUCUUUUUACACAACACAUGCAUCGAUCUUUUUUUCUCUAUCUGUCACCUUUUUAUGUUUAUUUGUUUGUAUGUGUUUGUGCGUGUGCGUGUGUGUGUAGCUAUUUCUCACAUAUUUUCUAUCUGAUUGCAUAAGAUUGCAUUCUUCAAUCAUUAUUAUUAUUCUUAUUCUUGUACUUAUCUCAUUUGAGUUCGACUACUUUUACACCACCUACCUGUGUGUGUGUGUGUGUGCGUGUCUGUGCGGUCGUCUCUGUACCUACCUGUGUAUAAGUGUCUCUCUCUCUCUAUUCAGUGGCUUCUUUUUUCUUUUGUGUGUGUACUUAAAGAAAAAAAGUUAUUUUUAUCUCCUUCCAAGAUGUAUACUAUUUUUUACAAUAUACUACUACUAACUAACCAGUUGGUAUUGAUUAAUCAUCUGUCUGUUAAUAAAUAUACACUUAAACUAUGAA